AUGAUACUGACUGCUAUGAAAGACAAGGCCAAACAGCAGCAGCAGAUUGAAGCAUCUGAACCUGAUGAGAAUACAGAAGAGCAGUUAUAUGAGAUUUCUGUGAAAACAGGUGAGGAGCUGAAGUUGGAUGUUCUGUUGUCAAACGCUGAUAAAGUGCAGCAUCAGAGCAGAAGAAGCACAGGUUGGAGAGAUGAUUGGAGCAGAACUGAUGGAGUUCAGAGCGAACUAAUCACCAUCAGAGAUAGAAACCUGAUCAUUAAUGAGUUUACACCCAGAGAUGCAGGAUCAUACAGAGUUCUGGACCCUGAAGGAGAAAUCUUGAUCACAGUGACAGUCAGAGGGUUCUUCCCUGAGAUCUGGAACCAGGGCCUCAUCAGCCCCAUUCACAAGAACGGAGACAAACUGGAGCCCAACAACUACCGAGGCAUCUGUGUGAACAGUAACCUGGGGAAGAUAUUGAUGCACUACUGGCAGCCGGUCACCAGCGCCCCCUGCCUGUGGUCAGUGCGCAAUGCACCCUGGGAUAUCUGGUUCCCACUCAUCUGUUUUAUUUUACACUUCCUGUGCUGGGCCAUAAUCUGCAGCAUCCUGCUCAUCUUCGACUAUCCAGAACUACUGGGCAUCAAACAGGUGUAUUAUGAGUGUCUGGGUCUGGGUGACCCUCUCCUGCUGAAGUCUGAGCGUGCGCAGCGGCUCUACGCUCACCUCAGGCAUCCCGUCUGUGUGGAGCUGCUCACGGUGCUCUGGCUCCUCCCCACGUUCCCGCUGGACCGGCUCCUGCUGGCUGUGUACCUGUCCGUUUACCUGAUCCUCGCUCACUCGCUGGACACCCAGGACUGCACUUACCUGCGCCGGCAGCUGCGCAGCAAACUGCAGCUCUUCUCCGCACCACUAGAGGGCAGCGAUCAGCGCAACAACACGCAUAAGACCGACUGAAUGACAGGCAUGGUCAAAUAAGAGUGUAAUGCUGCCUUCAAGUUGUUACCUAGAAAACCAGAAGUCACUAAACUAUGUUUGGGCAUUUUCAUAUUUCUUUAUAUUCAAAAAGUCAGGAAGAUUUUACAACUAAUGCAACCUAAUGAACAACAAGUGAUGCAAAUGUAGUGAGUAACGGAGGCUUUAUCUGUGCAUUUCAUCAUUUAUGUGCUGCUACAGAGAAUGAUGAGAAACGUACAGUAGUUUUGUUGCACAAGCCUCUUGCCUCAAAAACCAACUAUAUUGUAGUUCUUCACCAGUACACAAAUGCACACAAACUAAAUUGUGCUGUUAACAGUUAAAACUUCUUAUAAUCAAAAAAACAAUUUUGAUUCUUUUGAUCCUUGAUUCUUUAAUUGUCCUGACACUUUUUGAUUUUGGGUGGCAUAAAUGUGGUCAUAUUGCAGCAUUACAAUUAAAACUAUGUUUGGAAUGAAAUACUAGAAUACUGCACACAAUAUACACUAUAAACUUUCCAAAAUAUAUAUUUUUUAAGUACUUUAAAAAGAAACAUUAUUUGCAUGCAUCAAUUGCAAAAUUUCAAAUGCAAAAUGUGACAACAAAUGCAGCAUAUUGCAUUUCUAAUCAUUACUAUGCAUUUUUAAUGGUGAAAUGAAGCUUUUUGAAUCACUUGAACCAAUUGCUUUGCAAAAUUAUUCACAUUUUUCCAGAGCGCUCAAAACAACUCACGUAAACGCAAAGAAAACUACGGCCAAAUAUGCAUAAAACA